AUGGCCCAUGUGUUCGGCCGCGCACUGGGCCGCGCAAGUCAGGCAGAAAUUGGACAACAUGCGAGGCCAGAUGCGCGGUCACCUGCCCAGUUGUUAGAAAAGUAUGAUGUACGCCACAAGGUUGCCACCCCAUAUCAUCCACAAACGAGUGAGCAAGUGGAUGUUUCGAACAGAGAGAUAAAGAGCACGUUGACAAAGAUUGUGAAUGCUACAAGUACGGAUUGGGCAAGAAAGUUAGAUGAUGCACUCUGGGCUUAUCGUACCGCUUUCAAAACUCUGAUUGGCAUGUCGCCGUAUAAAUUGGUGUUUGAGAAGGCAUGUCACUUACCAGUGUUGUUGGAGCUUAGAGCUUUGUGGGCAUUGAGGCAGCUUAAUCUCGAUAAAGAAGCUGCGGGCACAAGUAGAGUCACAGAGUUGUACGAGCUUGAUGAGUUUCGCUACCAAGCUUUUGAGAGCACAAGACUAUACAAGGAGAGAAUGAAGAUAAUGCAUGACAAAUAUUCUUGA